ACAGAGCAGGAAUGACCUGUCGUUCCACUGAGAUGAACAGUCGCUUACAUUUCCUUUUUUUCUGAAUUUUGUAUGUAUUCUGCCUCUUGUACUACAGUCGUGUACUACAUUGUCACAGUCGCCCAGUUGCUUGGUAGCCGCUAGUUGCCGAUUGGCUUUGGUUGAUAGCACUUCCGUAUAGAUAACCAUGGCCGGUACAGAAGAAGAAGAGAAAUUCUCCUUAAAGGAGGUGCUCGACACUUUCAAGUUGUGUUUGUCGGAUAGCAAAGAAAUCUACCUCGAACAGUAUGUGGCUGGGUGGCGUGGUCUUGUAAGACUUUUGAACAGCUUGGGCAGCGUUUUUGGCUUCAUCUCCAGCGACGCCGUCAACAAGAUCAACAUCCUGGUGGCCCACUUGAAAGGCGAGAACGGGUCCCGGUACGUCACCGUCCAGUCGAUGGUGGCGUAUGAGCUGGAGAACGACCUGGUGGACCUGAGCAAGCGGGGCAGCCACCCGGAGUCCGGCUGUCGCACCCUGCUGCGGCUGCACCGCGCGCUGCGGUGGCUGGAGCUCUUCCUGGAGCGCCUGCGCACCAGCGGCGAGGACAGCAAGACCUCGACCAUGUGUUCGGAGGCCUAUAACGAGUCCCUCUCGCGGCACCACCCCUGGGUAAUCCGCAAGGCCGCCGGCAUGGCGUUCUGCAUGAUCCCGGGGCGACCGGCUUUCUUGGAAGCGAUGAACGUUGGCCCCCCGGAGCAGGUCGUGGCCAAGCUGGGGGAGGCGCUGCCUCUCAUCUCUGAGGUGUACCAGAUCACAGAGGACCUUUACAGUCGACACAGCCUGAUGGAUUUGCCAUAGAAAGCAAAAGGUUGUGUUAUUUGGCACUUUAAUCUAGCUACUAGGUUUUUGGUAACAUAAGGGUUGUUUAUUAUCUGCAAAGUGUUAUUGAUUAAGCAAACGUCUACCGACACUUUUGUUUUUUACAUAUUGUAUUGUAUACUACCUUACACUUUAAAUGUUGCAUGUUUAUCUGCAAUAUUUAUAACAUGCUUCUUUUAAAUUCAACUUUCCCUUGCAGACUAUUUUAAUUUAAGUAGACGAAGGGAAACAGUUGAACCAAAGUUUUAGCUCACUGCCUACAGCAUUUAUGUUGAUUAUAAUGUGGUAAUAGGACCAUUAAGUCAGGUUUUUAAAGUUCUCACACCAUAUUUCAUUCCAAAUACAGCCUCAUAAAUUUGAUGUUGUACAAUGCAAUAUACUGGAUGGAUUUCUAUAGUCGUGUUGUAAAAAUGAUCAGUCAAAUGACCAACUGCAUUCGUAAUUGAAGUGCCAACAGCAUUACAUUGAUCUUGAACAUUAAAAAGCAAAUGUACAUUACAAAACAGAAGUAAUCAGUACUGUGGAUGCUUCAAAAACACAUUAGCCUAAUGGCCAAACCAAACACUUAAGACACUUUGGGAGAGAAAAAGGAAUAAUCAAUCAACGGCUGUAAGCGGUGGACUCUGAGCUGCUGCCCCCACUGUAAAUGAUCUCAAUGCUGUUUCUUCUAUGUACAAAUCACAGAUACACUGUUAACAAGUGAUUGGUGUGUUGUUUCUUAAGAAUGUAAUGUAAUCUAUACAUUAUGACUAAUUAAAAACGAAUGUAUUAACAGUGUACAAUAGUGAAUAUAAUUGGUUGAUGAUUAUGAAUUAGUAUUUUGAAAAGUUGUAGAUUAAUUGGGUGACAUAAUCUUAAGUAAAUGAAGACAUGAAUGAA